AUGGACAAUUUUUCUGGUACAACUGAAACGGGCUACGCUUUUUCUGGGGGCGAAGCUGCAGCAGAAGAGGCAGGAGAGUGCGCUCGGAGCUCCUGUGCAGGGGCGAGCGAUUUUGAAGACUAUGACGAGGAUCAAGAAGAGGGAUCAGAGGACUAUGGAAGGGAUGAAACUUUUUCUUUGGUGGUGCCCCUUGAGACGCCAAAGCAGAAAUUACCCUUGUUGCUGGCCUAUUCUCUUCUAGGCGCGUGGAUUGUGUUUCUUGUGGCAGUGGGCUGGAGGGCGCUGAAGGGGGGAGGCCCCAAAGAUCUAGCGACAAUGCCUUUAGACUCAGACUCGUUGUUAACGUAUCGCGAUAGAUUCAGAGAGAGUGCAGACAAGCUAGAAGCCACGUGGAACAGAACUUCCGAGACAGUCAAGAACGCCUUUGCUAAGUACCAUUUACCUACCAUUCACGACGAAGAACAACUCAGUUCCAGUGAAGCAUGGAGUCUGCUGCAGAGGCAGAUUGAUGCAAUGAACCAAACUCCAUCUCCUGAAGCCCUCGCCUCUACAGAGGAGAAGUGGAAGUACGCGGCGCAGCUACAACUCGUAACUUCCCUCUGCAAUUCUGCGUCUCAGCGCCUUUCCAGCAUGGAUAAACUGGGGACCAAGGCAGAGAAAACAGGGUUUCGGGUGUUCUCUUUAGGUAGAGGAGAUGCUCCUAUGCUGCAACUGCCCUCGGACGACACAGCAGCAGCAAGCGAAGAAAUGACUUCAUCUGAAUUUCUUAAACGCCUGUUUCCGCGAACGCACCGUCAAAUGCAAGCUGCGGAGGUCAGAGGAACUGCUCCGCGUUCCCUAGGCCUCAGGCUGGAGAAAUUGGUACAGGCGCUUGAUAUGUACACCCUAGAAGGGCUAUACGUCGCUAUGGGCUUUGACGGGGUAUUACAAGCCUUCGGGCUGGCGUUGGGAACCGACAACGAUAACCGCUUUAUAUCUGCUCAGCCAAUCUCCUCACCUGCAGACAGAGUUCCUGCUGAUGCGAGAGUUUUGCUUCAGUUUAUAUCCGAGCAGUUCGAACAGUCGACGCAGACGCUGUGGUCCCUGAUUGUUGCUGAAACUUGCACUAAGCAAUGGGGGAAAGCCACUGUGGAAAAGCUGCUGCAAUCAGUUGAGCGUGGAGAGGAGGAAAGAGCGCGGGAACUGCUGAAACGUAAGAGAGAUCUCGUACAACAAGCUGAAAUUGAGAAAGCUCUCCCAAGGGGUCAUAUUCUUGCUUUGUCCCUGUUUUUAUUGUAG